AUGCUUCUCGAAAGCAUUGGCCUAGGACGAUCUCAUCAUCGUGAAUCUCGACAUGCUCUUUCACGCCUCAGCAGUCAUCAAGGUGCAACCUCUGGCUGUUACGAUAUUCGUCACGAGAAGAAUGGAGUUCACUGGGAAGGUUGUCCAAAUUAUAACCCCCAUCCAAGACAACUGACCACUCGAGAUCAAUUAUCAAUAGGUCGAAUGGGAAGUUCUGGUAGAGCAAUACCCAGACUUGGAGAUCCAACUUCUUCAAUGGGAUUACCCUUACUUCAAAGAAAUCAUUCUAGCCCCAGUGAAAGAUACAUGGAAGGAUCGGGUGGUAUGGAAGCUCUUGCAAUGGGAGGAAUGGGUCCAAGACCAAGAAACAUCGGUCAAAACCCUGGAGGUCUCGAGGCUCUCAGGCUUGGUGGACAUGAUCCUCGAGGUAGAAAUUCCAACUUGGACGGUACGCUCCCAACAGGCCUAGAACAUGUUGAAGGACUUGGUGAUAGAAGAUUACCAUCACCUUUACGAUCAGACCAAUACGCGGCCUUCGAACCCUUGAUGAAUCGCAACAUGACACCCCGAUCAUCACACCGAGGCCUUCCCAUACCAAGCCGUCAAUACCCACUCCAAGACGACUAUCCCUUUCCUCGCAUGCGAAAUCCUCCGUCCCACGAUUCCCGCAUCCCAAUCUCCCCAAUGCAAUUCCAAGAUCUAAGACCCGGACCUCCUGAAUUCGCUACCGCACCUCAGCAUGCUCCUCCCAUAUAUUACAGACCCAACUCCCCACGUCCAUCUCAUCGUUCCACCCCUCGAAUGAUGUACAACGAAAUAGCACAAAAUCCCCAUCCCCACCCCCACCACCCUUCCCACCAACAAAGUCCCAAUCCCCUCAUCUACGGCGAAAUGGACAGUCCACUCACCUCUUCCCGCUACGGAUCCAUUCACUCCCCUCAAACAAGUCAUGCGGGUUUACGACGCUCAAUGGGUAUCGAACAAGCGAUGAUGCCAUAUACCACUCAUGGCUAUGCCGGCACUCGCAAUGCUGGCAGUGCUCAUGCGGCCCGCUUGCAUUUGGAUACAGAUAACCUUACCAAUUAUCAAUCUCCGUAUGUAGAAGAUUGGGUUAGUGAGGGGGGGAUGGGGGUGCAGGGUCAGGAUGAAAUGAUGCAGAGACAGGCUGUGAUGGAUGGAGGAGGUUUCCGGUAUGAUGAGCGGGCUUCGAUUCCAAUGGAGGGUGAUGCGUAUGCGAGGUCUAGAUUGGUGUGA